AGAGGCUGCAGGGCUGUAGUGACAGCCACGGUUCCCUGUAAAUCUCCCCUGCGACACGGGUUCUGCGUGGGAGAUAAGAUCUGCUCUUAUUGUGUGCAAAUUCUUACUGGUGAAUAUUUGAUAUGGUUUCCUUAAUUAAAACACGAUGCCUCUUGGACUUCUGUAGCCUAAAGCAAGAGGCCUGGCCGUAGGCUGGACUGUGGUGUUACUCUUGUGCUUUAAAAUUAACUAAGAGCUUGUGUCUUGCUACUUAAGGCAGAGGGGCCUUAGUGCAGGCUGCAAGGAAAGCUCGUGGGUGGCGAGGGUGAAAGUGCAGGAAAUGUAGAAUGAAGCCUGGCAGAGGUAGUGGGUAUUGCUGCUUGGGUUCCAAAGCUUGGCAGAACAUGCCUUUAGUGUCACCAGUGCACAGUCCAUACCCAAACCACACCCCCAGUGGAGCCUGGGGACGUUUUAGGAUGGAGCAAGGCACAGACAGGUGUUGGUGGCUCCCAGCUGCAGCAGAGCAUCAGAGCAUGCCUGCUCCCCUCAGACCUGCACGGGUGUCACACUGGGACUGCCCUGUGGGUCUCUGGCGCUUGCAAGUCAGCACCAGCAUUGCCACUGAGGCUGCCUGGGGACAGGGGAAAGGUCCUCCAGGUCCUUCUGUUCCCUUGUUAGCUGUCUGCACCCCAGGAAUGGAUUGUGGCUAAAUUGGUCGUUAAGGAUCAGAGGAGUACCAUUUCCUGGGAUUUCAGAUUGUUCGUUGUCCUUUUUGUUCUGAAUGAAAUGGAUCUGUGUCCCUCAGCAGAGCUGAGCCCUGCAUGUGCUGUGGUGCUUCAUCCGGGGGUGGGUUUGUUACUCAGGCCCCCCGGCAGUAUUUUAUGAGGAGGUUUGGGUGGCAGUGUCCUCACAUCCUGCUAGAAUUGCUUGGAUAAAGACAGUUGGAGUUGUUUGUGCGAAGUGUGGGCGAGCAAGCAGCUGGGUUGACCAGAGUGAAGGUGGGAGGGAGAUAAAAUGGGAGACCAAAGUGGGCUUGUAACAGGAAGGGGUGUCUGGAUUGCUGAAACCAGAACCUGAACUUCAUAAAAUAGCAAAGGGAGAAGGAGGAUCCAGCAAAAGGAUUUGGUGUCAGGACAGGAGAUUAAGAAUUGCAUGGCUUCAAAGAAGCAUGGAAUGCUGGUGUGCCUGCCUGUAGCCGUCAGUGUUAAUUUUGGGUGCUGAUGUCAGAGCCUUUGAUGGUGAGCGGGAAGCUGCCCCACCAUGAGUUACUGGAGUCUGGAUAAGAAGAGCUGCCUGCAGUACUGCCGGCACUUCCUAGCGGACAACGGCGUGUUCCACGUUGAACGAUGCAUGAGUGUGAUGCAGUCUGGGACGCAGAUGGUGAAGCUGAAGAGUGGAACCAAGGGGCUGGUCCGGCUCUUCUACCUGGACGAGCACAGGACCUGCAUCCGAUGGAGGCCCUCCCGGAAGAGCGAAAAGGCGAAAAUUGUCAUCGACUCCAUUUACAAAGUCAGCGAGGGCCGGCAGUCGGAGAUCUUCCACCGCCACGCCGAGGGCAGCUUCGACCCCAGCUGCUGCUUCACCAUUUACCAUGGCAGCCACCUGGAGAGCCUGGACCUGAUCACGUCCAACCCCGAGGAGGCUCGCACCUGGAUCACGGGGCUCAAGUACCUGCUGGCCGGGAUCAGCGACGAGGACUCGCUCGCCAAGCGCCAGAGAACGCACGACCACUGGGUGAAGCAGACCUUCGAGGAGGCUGACAAGAACGGGGACGGGCUGCUGAACAUCGAGGAGAUCCACCAGCUGAUGCACAAGCUGAACGUCAGCCUGCCCCGCAGGAAGGUCCGGCAGAUGUUCCAGGAGGCAGACACAGAUGAGAACCAAGGAACCCUGAACUUUGAGGAAUUCUCAGUGUUUUACAAGAUGAUGUCCUUGCGUCGAGACCUCUACCUGCUGCUGCUAAGCUACAGUGACAAGAAGGAUCAUCUCACUGCUGAGGAGCUGGCCCAGUUCCUCAGGGUGGAGCAGAAGAUGAAUAAUGUGACCCCAGAAUAUUGUCUGGACAUCAUACAGAAGUUUGAAGUGUCAGAAGAAAACAAGAAGCAGAAUGUUCUUGGGAUUGAAGGCUUCACCAGCUUCAUGCGCAGCCCGGCGUGCGAGGUGUCCAACCCGCUGCACCGCGAGGUGCACCAGGACAUGGAGCAGCCCCUGUGCCACUACUUCAUCGCCUCGUCCCACAACACCUACCUGAGCGGGGACCAGCUGCUCUCCCAGUCGCGGGCCGAGAUGUACGCGCGCGUGCUGCAGGCCGGCUGCCGCUGCGUCGAAGUGGAUUGCUGGGAUGGCCCAGAUGGGGAGCCCGUGGUGCACCACGGCUACACCCUCACUUCCAAAAUCCCCUUCCGGGACGUGGCAGAAACCAUCAAUAAGUAUGCCUUCAUCAAAAACGAGUUUCCAGUGAUCCUGUCCAUUGAAAACCACUGCAGUAUUCAACAGCAAAAGAAGAUCGCACAGUACCUGAAGGAGAUAUUUGGUGACAAACUGGACUUGUCAUCUGUGAGCACUGGAGAUCCCAGACAGCUUCCCAGCCCUCAGGAUUUAAAAGGGAAAAUCCUAGUGAAGGGGAAGAAGUUGCCCUGCAGCCUUGGAGCAGAUGCUGAGGAAGGAGAGGUUUCAGAAGAGGACAGUGCUGAUGAAAUUGAGGAUGACUGCAAGUUAAAGCCCUGCUUUAGCAAUGGUGCAACCCAGCACCAGGUGGAAUCUUUUAUAAGAACAAAACUGGAGUCUCUGCUAAAAGAGUCCCAAAUCAGGGACAAAGAGGAUCCUGACAGCUUCACUGUGAGAGCCCUGCUGAAGGCAACUCACCAGAGUUUCAGUGUGAACCUGAAGCAGAACUUGGACACAAAAGAAGGUGGAAAAAAGUCUCAUGGUCGAUCAUUAAUGGGGAACUUCGGUAAACACAAGAGAGCCGCGAAGGCAGCAGCCAAGGCUCCCAGUGCCUCGGACGACGAAGACGGCCAGCAGCACCCUCCGGGCAAGGAGCCAGGGCAGCCCCACAGCAGGCUUGCCCGCCGCAGGAAGACAGUGAAGCUGUGCCGGGCCCUGUCUGACCUGGUGGUGUACACCAACUCCGUGGCAGCCCAGGACAUCGUGGAUGAUGGCUCCACAGGGAACGUGCUGUCAUUCAGUGAGACCAGAGCCCACCAGGCAGUGCAGCAGAAGGCUGAGCAGUUCAUGCUUUACAACCAGAGGCAGCUGACCCGGGUCUAUCCCUCAGCCUACCGCAUCGACUCCAGCAACUUCAACCCUGUUCCUUACUGGAAUGUGGGCUGCCAGUUAGUGGCCCUGAACUACCAGUCUGAGGGACGUGUGAUGCAGUUAAAUGAAGCAAAAUUCAGGGUAAAUGGCAACUGUGGCUAUGUCCUCAAACCUCAGCAGAUGUGCAAAGGCACAUUCAACCCUUACUCUGCUGAUCCCCUUCCUGCCAGUCCUAAGAAGCAGCUGAUUCUGAAGAUCAUCAGCGGGCAGCAGCUCCCCAAGCCUCCUGACUCAAUGCUGGGGGACAGAGGAGAGAUUAUAGAUCCCUUUGUUGAGGUGGAGAUUAUUGGGUUACCUGUUGACUGCUGUAAAGAUCAGACCAGGGUGGUGGACGACAAUGGGUUCAACCCCGUGUGGGAGGAGACCCUCACCUUCACCAUCCACAUGCCCGAAAUUGCCCUGGUGCGCUUCCUGGUCUGGGACCACGAUCCCAUCGGGAGAGACUUUGUGGGGCAGAGAACUGUGGCCUUCAGCAGCCUGGUGCCUGGCUAUCGCCAUGUGUAUUUAGAAGGACUGACAGAAGCUUCCAUAUUUGUUCAUAUAAUCAUUAAUGAGACCUAUGGAAAGUGGAGCCCUUUAAUCCUCAAUCCCAGUUACACAAUAAUGCACUUUCUAGGAGCCACAAAGAGCAAGCAGCUGAUGGGGCUGCGAGGGCUGUUCUCCAAGGCGCCCAAGGCGGGCGCGGCCGAGGCCAGCGCGCACCACGCGCGCAAGCGCUCCAUCGGCGAGCGCAUCCUGCGGCGCACGGCCAGCGCCCCGGCCAAGGGCAGGAAGAAGAGCAAGAUGGGCUUCCUGGAGGCUGCUGAGAUGAAGGACAGCGCCUCGGAGCCAGCAGACCUGAAGGACAAGGAAGGGGUGGUGCGGCGGCCGAACCGCAGCUCGCAGGCGCGCCCCGCGUCCAUGCCCGUGGACAGAUUCCUCAUGGUAGAGCUGCCCUGCCCAGCAGAGGACACUGCCCAGCAGGCCAAGGGAAAGGAAAACACUUCUGCCAACAGUGAUGACAAUACUAAUGAGAAGGAAACAAGCUUGAAAGAACUGGGUUUUCCACAUUCGGAGCAAAAGUCAAAUGCUUCAAAUUUAGCAUCUCAGUUCAAGAAGGAGAAUGACCAGAGGGAUUCUACAGCUGACUGUUCAGUACCACCUCCACAGGAGCAACCUGAACAUUUGGUUUUUGCAAAUGGUGUAGCUCAAGCAAAUCACCUUGGGGAUUACCAGGACAAUAAUCUUUCUGAUGGAACUGUCCCCCUAAUGCAAGACUCUGACUCUGAACUUCCCACAGAAAAAUUACACCACAAAAACUGUGCAGACGGUAAAAAGGAAGAUGACACAAAAGGAUCUAAGGAAGGGAAGAUCACUUUCAUGGGAACUUGUGUUUCUCAGAACGCAGAGGUGGAGGAUCACAAACAUGACACGAAGAAAAGCACUGCAGCACCUCUUUCCCUUUCUUCUCCCGUGUGCUCUGAGGGCCCUGACUGUCACUCCACGGUGGCCCUGCAGGACAGUGACAUUUCUCACCUCAUUGAUGAAGUCUCUCUCUCGACUGAGGGCGAGCUGGACAGCGCUGUGUCCGCUCUCAUCGGGCAGCUGGAUGGCACAGAUGACCCAACUCCCCUUCCCCCUGUCUCCAGCCCCCACGGCAGCAGCAGCCAGACCCCCAGGGUGGGGGCUGCAGGCCCACACGUGUUUGCUGCAGACCUGAGCAGCCCCUGUAGGCACAACUUCACUCCCACAAAACCCAACAAAUCCUCUUUAUUCUCCGCUCCGGACACAGCCAUGUUCUCCAGCCUGGAGGAUGCAGAGUAUUCCACAUACACAAUUAUCCACGAGGCAUCUCCAGCUUCUGAAUGUACGAGCCACAGGGCAUUCGUUUGCAAGAAAAGAUUAAAUAGUCUAGAAAGUAACUUGACUGGCUCUUGUUCUUCAUCCCUCUCUUUGCUAAAUGCAAAUCCCAAAAGGAAUUGUGCUACAAAAUCCGGACCAAGCUGGGAAGCCCCCGAGCCUGCCAGUUCUUUCGGUUCCAACAGCCUCAUCUUUGAGGAGGCGCUGGGGCCCCCUGUCCCGGGGGAGCACUCGGACAGCAGCAGCCUGCUGGAGGUGGAUGGGGACUGCCAGGACCUGCUGGUAACGGCCUGUGAGUACCGCCGGGAGCACAUGAGCCAGCUGGCUUCUCCUGUGAGCCUGAGGCAGAAGCAGGACCACGGGCACGGGGGUGACAGCACCUCGGGGAGCAGCUCCACCGCUGCCUGGCACUGCUCCGGGACCCCGGGGGCUGCGGGGAGCCGGCCGGCUUUCCCCGCGUGCGAGAGCGCUGGGGUGUGGUGGCAGCAGCCCUCGGAGGGGCACGGCGCUGCGGUGCGUGCCCCCCAGGCCGGCGCAGCCUGCGCCCCGCGCCCGCCGGCUCUGCCGUUCCCCCCACACCCGGCCAUCCAGCAGGGCAGCCCCUGCAAGUCCAAGAGUCUGGGAGACCUGACCUCGGAGGACAUUUCCUGCAACUUUGAGAGCAAGUACCAGUACAUCAGCAGGAGCUUCAUCUCCUCGGGCCUGAGGGACAGGAAGGCGGCGGCCAUGCAGGGCGUGAGGCCGCACUCGACGGACGCGCUGACGGAGCAGCUGCGGAGGCUGCUGUCCCUGGAGCAGGAGGACAGCCGGGAGCCGCUGUGCCCCAGGCAGCCGGACGAGGACUGCCCGCGGGCCCUGGUGAGGAAGCUGUCGUCCCGCAGCCAGAGCCGGGUGCGGAACAUCGCCAGCCGCGCCCGGGAGCGGCAGGAGGCGGCGGGCAAGCCGCGGCCGUGCGGCGGCAGCGCCGUGCCCGGCGUGGUGCUGCGGAGCAAGGCGGCGGGGCCGCCGCACGCCGCCAACCGGCACUCCACCGGCUCCUACAUCGGCCGCUACCUGCACGGCUGCCCCGGCGAGCGGCGCGGCGCGCCCGAGGGCGCCUGCUCCGCCCUGCCGCACGGCUGCGGGGAGCUGCCGCUGCCGCCCGGCGCCCCCGAGCAGCCCGAGAUCUAUUUCCUGCUGCGGCUGUAGGCUGCCGGCCCGCGGGAGGGCUGCAGGAGCUGUGGGGCCUCGGGGUGUGCCUAGACGCGGUGUCGUGCCGGCGAGGCGGUGGUGGUUCAACGUGCCCUUGGUGCCGGGGCUCAGGGAAGCGGGGCCGCCCUCCGUCCCCGCGGUGCUGAGGGAAGCGGGGCCGCCCUCCGUCCCUGAGGGAAGCGGGGCCGCCCUCCGUCCCUGAGGGAAGCGGGGCCGCCCUCCGUCCCCGCGGGGCCGAGGGAAGCGGGGCCGCCCUCCGUCCCCGCGGGGCCGAGGGAAGCGGGCUCGCCCUCCGUCCCUGCGGGAAGCGGGGCCGCCCUCCGUCCCUGAGGGAAGCGGGGCUGCCCUCCGUCCCUGAGGGAAGCGGGGCCGCCCUCCGUCCCCGCGGGGCCGAGGGAAGCGGGGCCGCCCUCCGUCCCUGCGGUGCUCAGGGAAGCGGGGCUGCCCUCCGUCCCUGAGGGAAGCGGGGCCGCCCUCCGUCCCUGCGGUGCCGAGGGAAGCGGGGCCGCCCUCCGUCCCCGCGGGGCUGAGGAGCCCGCCGCCGUUUGUAGCAUUCUGUGUCCCUAAUGCCGCGCUCCAAAGCUGACAUUGCACUGAAGGCAAUACCGCUUUCCUCGUGUCUCGUCCUCCUGCUUGGAAAAACACUUUUGGUGAUCACUUUCGGCCUUUUGUGAGGGUUCUCCAAAGCACUGUGGUGUCUGGAAUGCUGGACCGGGGCUUGUUCUGCCCAACAGGCAGCGACCCUUCAUUAGCAUCCUUGUUCUGUAUUGUUACUAUAAAUUUUACAUGUUUUCAUGUAUGAACUGUGAUUCUGCAGCAAUUGGUUUGUAGAAUUAGGGUUAGUCCAGAUUUGUGAGUCUUGUGUAGAUUUGUCUUCUGCCCUCUCUACAAAGUAUGACAACAAUUGUCUUCCUUUUUGUUUACUGUGUUCAUUUGGGACAGAGUGGAAUGUGGGAGUAAUUCUGCUUUUAUGAAUGAAAACAUUUAUUUUCUGCUUAUUUUGUUAUGUAUUUUUGCUGUUGGUCGUAUGAGUAGCUUUGGUACAGUAGAUCCACUUUCUGUAUAUUUGUAAUUUUAUUGCUAAAUUGUCGACAGUCAGUGGAAUAUUUAAACUGACAUGGUAGAGUGACUAUUUUGACUGUUCACCUUUUUCUAUGAACGCUGAAAGUGAAUUGGGUGAAGGAAUCUCAGACACCUAAAGCUUCCCUGAAGGGAACAACAUAGCUUUAUUUUGGUUGGAAGAUACUCUUUGCCUUUGCUGUAAGUUUUUCUGAUAUGUCAAAGACGUACCUUUUACCUCUUUCUUUUGUAAUGCAGAGUAUUAUUAUUCUUGAAAAUGUCAUUAAAAUAGAUUUUUAAGCA